CAACCAAUAAAGAAAAUUAUGUUUGUCAGGUUAACAAUUUGUAGGUCGUUUAUUCCUAUGUUUAUUGAUUUCAAACUUGUGCAAGGAUAGACAAAACCUUUAUUUUAUUUCAUGUUCUUUGUUGGAUUGAUUAAUAUAUGUAGGUUAAAUGCCUGUCGAGCAAUUUUAGUUUGUUUUGUAGGCCUAUUGCAUUGCAUCGUUUCCGAAGUUGAGGGACUAAACUAAAGUUUAAAUGAUUACCAGGCGUCAUUGAGCUUCGAGGCUGAACCACAAUGGCCGCAAGCAAAACCAGUUUGUGUGCACCAUGCGAAUCCCGAGGUACUUCCUUAAAAGCUGUAAAGUACUGUGAAACAUGCCGAGAACCAUUAUGUAAACAUUGUGCCGAACUACACAAAGCUUUUAAAGCCACAAAGAACCACAAAUUGGUUAAAUCUGGAGAACAACAGUCGUUGAAAAUAACUUGUGAUUUAGAUAAUUUCCAGAUGUGUGCACAACACCCAAACAAGCAAACUGAAUUUUACUGCGGAGAUCAUAGUUUAUUAUUGUGCAGUCUGUGUUUGUUAAAAUCUGAAGCGCACAAACAUUGUAACAAAGUAGUUGAAAUGGAAAUUGCUGGAAAGGCCUUUACUGAUAGUCAGUUUACAAACAAAAUCAGAGAUGCUUGCUUAAAAAAUGCUGAAUCAGCAGAAAGCACUAUAACUGAAAUUAAAGCAGCUAAGGCAUAUACAAGUGAUAGCUUAAAAGUUUUACGUAGCGAACUUGAAAGCGUACGUUCAAAAAUGCUUGAUGCAUUUGACCGUCAAACGAAUCAUAUCAUCCAAGUAAUUUCUGGUGACCUUCUCCACAAUAGUAGUACAUGUGAUGAAGCGUUUCAUGAUCUGAGAAGUCUUGCAAAUAUGGCUGUAGAAAAUGAAAAUGCGUUUGAAAACAUAAUUAAUAAUGGAGCUGCAGUUGAUGUGUUUCGAGGCGCCUUUUCUAUUCUCCGACAGUGUAAAGAUUUCAAGAAAGAAAUAGAACAGAUUAAACGAAAAUGUUCUCGUCUGACUGUUACAUUUGAAAAAUCUGAUCUUGUUAACAGAUUAGAAAAAGAACAAAAUCCGUUACUAUUCUGUAAAGUGGAGAAGGUUGCUUUCGAAAAUUCCAAUUCCUGCUCGGAUCAGCUGAAUCUAGAUUUCAAACAAUGCAUAUCUAAAAUACCAAAUGAGAUUGUGAAUAUCAGAAUGAUAAGCAAUAGUCACGAACUAGUUGGAAAAAGUGAUUCAGUCCAAGCCAUUAGUAUGCCGCCAGCGGGUUCUACUCAAGAUUUAGGAUCAACGAGGAGUGAUGCAGCUUUAGGAAAAGAAUUUGGAGAAGUAAAAUCAUUCCAAAAACAACUGCCAAAGAAGGUUCCUGUUGUUUCAAGUACUUCUCCUUCCGUUUAUAAACUAUCUUACUGCCGAGGAUUUCACGUAGAACUUUCAGAUGAUAGGAUUCCAUGGUUCAGUGGAAUAGUUUGCCUUCCGGAUGAAAGACUUAUCUUGUCUGAUUGCAGGUAUUCGCGAAUAAUCAUGGUUAGAAAUACCACGUGCGUCGCAGAAAAAAAUAUCCAAUACAUACCUGGAAAUCUAACUCUUUUCAACGAUCUCCUUGCUGUUUGCCUCAUGAAAACAAAUAAGGUGUUCUUCAUGAAAAUAGGAGAGGAUUAUCUCAUAAAAGACAGAUGUAUACAAACUAGAUUUCAUCCAAAAUGCUUACAAGCAGUAGACGACCAUCGGAUACUGGUUUCCUGUCAAGAUAGGGAGAAGGAUUGGUAUUUGGAUAUUAUUACCAUUCAAGGACUUGAAUGCCGAACUGCUGGUAUAAAAUUGAAUGGAUUUUAUGAUGGUUUUAAACUUGCUGUUCAACAUUGUUCGGAUGCAGCAAACAACUUUAGAAUCAUUCAGUACUGUGGAGUUAGUGACAGAUUGCAAUGCUUUAACCAGGACGGCGGUUCCUUCCUGUUUAGAUGCAAUGUUGACCGUAUCUCAUCCGUAUUAACAAACUCGGAUGGGUACAUAUUUGUUAUUCGGUACACAGGCGAAAUUCAGGUAUUGUCUCCUGAUGGAACGUUCGUAACGGGUCUUCAUAGAUCAGUUAUGCAUAAAGCUUAUUUCGCAGCAUUUAAUGAUUCAAUGAACAAACUAUAUGUAACAACAUACAAAAGUCCGCUGGUGCAUGUCGUGGACGUAAAGCGAAAUAAACAAAAUAAUAAUUAAACAAAAACACAAAUAAAUCAAAUUUUGGUAACCAUGAACAAUAUUAUGUUAAGUGGAUUCAGUUUUGUUUAACUCCCUGGGGCCGAAAUGCGACUGUAGGCGUUAUAUUUUCUACCCCUGUAGCGUCGAUAUGUGACUAUACGCGCGUUAUCAGGACUCCCCAGGACGGCGAUUGACGAGUAUAGUCGCGGCACCGACAUAAUUUUAGAUAAUGUUGACAAAGGCAAAAUUACUUUGCAUACUGGCUAUUAUUUCUUUGAUGUAAUAAUUACUAGUUGUGCUAAUAAUUAGUUCCAUUGUUAAAAUAAAUGUAUGUAACUAUGCGGUAAUGUAAAUGGAAUAAAAAGACGAUCUCCGCUGUGUUUCGUUCAUACUGUAUUUCAAAAGAGUAAAAAAAUGUCGUCGGCCAGAGAUCUUUCUUAAAAUGAAGAAAAUAUUUAUUUAUUAUAAUGCUGAUUCUGGAAUAUCAGUUCCGUCGGAUGAUGAUUCCGACAAUGCGAUUCCAUUAUCAGACAAAUGAAUGGUUGAAGGCUGAAAUAUUGGUACACUUACAUUACAUACGAUACAAAUGGACAAAAAAUAACACAACAAAACAUGUUUCAUAAAAUAUAAAGAAGUAUAUGUAAAUAAAUGCAUGUUUGUAAAUUUAAUAAUUAUUCAAAGAUGGGUGUAAAUAUUACAACUUAACUGUCUCAGCGCGUGACAUACAACAUUUGUGUACAUGUUUAGAAAUAGAUUAUACAUAAAAAAACCCACUGAUAUUCACACAAUAACGGGUGUAAGUUUAAGUAAUGUUGAUGUAAAUAUUCAGUGUUUAUGAUGCAUUUCUAAUGGGAAUUUAAUGUUCAAGUAUCUAUUAAACGCAGUAGGUGUGUUAAAAUUAUGAAUAUUUCGAAGUGAAAAUUUUGUUCUAUUUGAAUAUACGAAAUUGGAUAUAAAAAAUAUUUGUUCAAACUUCGAAUAAUUUGUAAGUUUUUUUCAAUUUACACCCAAGUUAAUUUCCCUGCAUGAUUUCAACUGACUGUAUGCGAGUGUGAUUAUGAUAAGGUUAGAUAAUGUUCUUCGACGUCAGGUGGUAAUUCUUAUCCCGCCGCAGCAGGUAUGUUACGAUAUCGGCCUCAGGGAGUUAAUUAAAAUGAA